AUGGGGGCCGCCGGGCGCCCGCGGGGGCCGCGUCUGCUGGCGACGCUGCUGCCGCUGCUGCUACAGCUGCUGCCGCAGACGCGGGCGGCGCUGGACUCCGGGCUGCAGCCCGGAAACUUUUCUGCGGACGAGGCCGGGGCGCAGCUCUUCGCCGAGAGCUACAACUCGAGCGCCGAGCAGGUGCUGUUCCAGAGCAUGGCCGCCAGCUGGGCGCACGACACCAACAUCACCGCCGAGAAUGCUCGGCGCCAGGAGGAAGCAGCCCUGCUCAGCCAGGAGUUUGAAGAAGCCUGGGGCCAGAAAGCCAAGGAGCUCUAUGAGUCCAUGUGGCAGAACUUCACUGACCCAAAGCUGCAAAGGAUCAUCAAAGCUGUACGCACCCUGGGGCCUGCCAACCUGCCCCUGGUAAAGCGGCAGCAGUACAACUCCCUGCUAAGCAACAUGAGCAGGAUCUACUCCACCAGCAAGGUCUGCUUCCCCAACAAGACUGCCACCUGCUGGUCCCUGGACCCAGAGCUCACCAACAUCCUGGCUACCUCAAGAAGCUACGCCAUGCUGCUGUUCGCAUGGGAAGGCUGGCAUGACACUGUAGGCAUUCCGCUGAAACCGCUAUAUAAGGACUUCACUGCCCUCAGCAACGAGGCCUACAGACAAGAUGGCUUCACAGACACAGGAGCCUACUGGCGGUCCUUGUAUGACUCACUUACCUUUGAGAAGGACCUGGAGCACCUCUACCACCAAUUAGAGCCUCUAUACCUGAACCUUCAUGCCUAUGUCCGCCGGGCACUGCACCGCCGCUACGGUGACAGAUACAUCAAUCUCCAGGGACCCAUCCCGGCUCAUCUGCUGGGAGACAUGUGGGCCCAGAGCUGGGAAAAUAUCUAUGACAUGGUGGUGCCCUUUCCAGACAAGCCCAACCUAGAUGUCACUAGUACUAUGGUGCAGAAGGGCUGGAACGCUACCCACAUGUUCCGAGUGGCGGAGGAGUUCUUCACCUCCCUGGGUCUCUUACCCAUGCCUCCUGAGUUCUGGGCCGAGUCGAUGCUAGAGAAACCCCGUGAUGGGCGGGAAGUGGUGUGCCAUGCCUCUGCCUGGGACUUCUACAACAGGAAGGACUUCAGGAUCAAGCAGUGCACACGAGUCACAAUGGACCAGCUAUCCACUGUACACCACGAGAUGGGCCACGUGCAGUACUUCCUCCAGUACAAGGACCUGCCUGUUUCCCUGCGCAGAGGUGCCAACCCUGGCUUCCACGAGGCCAUUGGAGACGUGCUAGCCCUCUCGGUCUCCACUCCCGUACAUCUGCACAAAAUCGGUCUCCUGGACCACGUCACUAAUGACACAGAAAGUGACAUCAACUUCUUGCUAAAGAUGGCUCUAGAGAAAGUUGCCUUCCUGCCCUUUGGCUACUUGAUAGACCAGUGGCGCUGGAGGGUUUUCAGUGGCCAGACCUCCACCUCCCGCUACAACUUUGACUGGUGGUAUCUCCGAACCAAGUAUCAGGGGAUCUGUCCUCCAGUUGUUCGUAACGAAACCCACUUUGAUGCCGGAGCUAAGUUUCAUAUCCCAAAUGUGACACCAUAUAUCAGGUACUUUGUGAGCUUUGUCCUGCAGUUCCAGUUCCACCAAGCCUUGUGCAAGGAAGCAGGCCACCAGGGCCCACUGCACCAGUGUGACAUCUACCAGUCUAACCAGGCGGGAGCCAAGCUCAGGGAGGUGCUGCAGGCAGGCUGCUCCAGGCCCUGGCAGGAGGUACUGAAGGACCUGGUGGGUUCAGAUGCUCUGGAUGCCCAGGCACUGCUAAACUACUUCCAGCCACUUAGCCAAUGGCUGCAGGAGCAGAACCAGAAGAACAGUGAGGUCCUGGGCUGGCCAGAGUAUCAGUGGCAUCCACCAUUGCCCAACAACUACCCAGAGGGCAUCGACUUAGUAACCGAUGAAGCUGAGGCUAACAAGUUCGUGCAGGAGUAUGACCGGACAUCCCAGGUGGUGUGGAACAAAUAUGCCGAGGCCAACUGGAACUACAAUACUAACAUCACCACAGAGAAUAGCAAGAUCCUGAUGCAGAGUAACAUGCAAGUGGCCAACCACACCCUGAAGUACGGCACCUGGGCCAAGCGGUUUGAUGUGAGCCAUUUCCAGAAUGCUACCAACAAGCGGAUCAUAAAGAAAGUUCAAGACCUGGACCGGGCAGCCCUGCCUGUUAAGGAGCUGGAGGAGUACAACCAGAUCCUGCUGGACAUGGAGACCACUUACAGCGUGGCUUCUGUGUGCCACAUAAAUGGCACUUGUCUGCAGCUGGAGCCUGAUCUAACAAAUAUUAUGGCCACAUCUCGAAACUACGAACAACUGCUAUGGGUCUGGAAGAGCUGGAGAGACCAGGUGGGGAAAACCAUCCUCCCUUUUUUCCCCAAAUAUGUGGAACUUGCCAACAAGGCUGCUCGACUCAAUGGCUACACUGAUGCAGGGGACUCCUGGAGAUCUAUGUAUGAGACACCAUCCCUGGAACAGGACCUAGAGAAGCUCUUCCAGGAGCUGCAGCCGCUCUACCUGAACCUGCAUGCCUACGUGCGCCGCGCCCUGCACCGGCAUUACGGGGCCCAGAGCAUCAGCCUCGAGGGCCCCAUUCCUGCCCACCUGCUGGGGAACAUGUGGAGUCAGACUUGGUCCAACAUCUAUGACUUGGUGGUGCCCUUUCCUUCAGCUCCUAAGAUUGAUGCCACAGAGGCCAUGGUAAAGCAGGGCUGGACACCCAGAAGGAUGUUUAAGGAAGCCGACAAUUUCUUCACCUCCCUGGGGCUGCUGCCUGUACCCCCUGAGUUCUGGAACAAGUCGAUGCUGGAGAAACCGACUGAUGGGCGGGAGGUGGUGUGCCAUGCCUCAGCCUGGGACUUCUACAACGGCAAGGAUUUCAGGAUCAAGCAGUGCACCACUGUCAACAUGGAAGAGCUGGUGGUGGCCCACCACGAAAUGGGUCACAUCCAGUAUUUCAUGCAGUACAAGGACUUGCCUGUGGCCUUCCGGGAGGGCGCCAACCCUGGCUUUCAUGAGGCCAUUGGGGAUGUGCUGGCCCUCUCUGUGUCUACUCCCAAGCACCUACACAGCAUCAACCUGCUGGAGCAUGAGGGCGAUGGCUACGAGUAUGACAUCAACUUUCUGAUGAAGAUGGCCCUGGACAAGAUCGCCUUUAUCCCCUUCAGCUACCUCAUCGACCAGUGGCGCUGGAGGGUCUUUGAUGGAACCAUCACCAAGGAAAACUACAACCAGGAGUGGUGGAGCCUCAGGCUGAAGUACCAGGGUCUCUGCCCCCCCGUGCCCAGAACUCAAGAUGACUUUGACCCAGGGGCCAAGUUCCAUGUUCCUUCAAGUGUGCCUUAUAUCAGGUACUUUAUCAGCUUCAUCAUUCAGUUCCAGUUCCACGAAGCCCUGUGCCAGGCGGCUGGCCACAAAGGCCCCCUGCAUAAGUGUGACAUCUACCAGUCCAAGGAGGCAGGGAAGCUGUUGGCGGACACCAUGAAGCUGGGCUUCAGUAAGCCAUGGCCAGAGGCCAUGAAACUGAUCACAGGCCAGCCUAACAUGUCAGCCUCAGCCAUGUUGAACUACUUCAAGCCAUUGAUGGAAUGGCUCAUCACUGAGAACGGGCGACAUGGGGAGAAACUGGGUUGGCCGCAGUACAACUGGACACCAAACUCCGCUCGCUCGGAAGACUCCUUCCCAGACUCCGGCCUCGUCAACUUCCUGGGCAUGAAUCUGGAGCCACAGCAGGCCCGAGUGGGUCAAUGGGUGCUGCUCUUCUUGGGGGUCGCCCUGCUGGUAGUCACCUUGGGCCUGGCCCAGAGGGUCUGCAGCAUCCGCAGUCACACCUUCCACCAGCCCCACCAUGGGCCCCAGUUUGGCUCUGAGGUGGAGCUGAGACACUCUUGAGAUGACCAAGAUGGCUGGGGCUUGCCAAGGGAUGUCCCAUGAGAAACCAGAAUGGGAACAGGAUGCCCAAGGAGAAGGCAGCUCCACCUCCCUCCCUCCUCCUCCUUUCCUUCUUCCCCCUCCUCUUCCUCUCAUUCUGCCUCCCUCCCCUCUGCUCCUCAAACCACCAGAACCACCCAAGUCCCAGCCUCCAUUCUUCAGGCACCCAGCCAUCAAACACAGGGCUUCUCCCCUAGUCUCUCUGUGAAUGCAAUUAAAAGUCCUGCCUCCCCAUCUGAGUCUGUGUCCCUCACAGUUGGAAGCCAGGAGGAGGGAGAGCGUGCUCUCUUGCUCUCUUUCUCCUGGCAGUUCAGUGGUGCCCUUUCCUCAUUGCUUCCUCCAUUCCCUUUCAAGAAAAGCCUUGGUGAAUCUCCCAACUCUGGCUUCCCACCAGCCCAGGCACCCAUACUGUGUCCUGCUGUGGUGGGCAGCUCCUGCCCUCUCAGAAUCCUCAGGAGGAUUCUGGGAUCAUAGGAUUCUCACAUGUUGAUGCAACUUUCUGCCCAUGCGUGGUCAGGUUCCCCAGGAAGCCCCUAGCUGCCCCUGGCUUCGUCUGCAGGGCAAGUACCCUGGAAGGGCCUGACUCAAUGAGGUCACCUUGAGCUCCUGCCUAUACCAGCUCUGUGUCCACUUGUGUGAAUGGACAGCCUUAGUUUUCAGACAGAGCUAUUCAGAUAUUGCCUAGGAGAGAAGGCCCUGGAAGGGAGUUCCCUGGACAGGGAUGAUACAGGGUUAACUGCCAGAGGCUGCCUGCUUGCUCUUCCCAGCAUACACAUUCUGACUAGGAGCUGUCCCUGGGAAGGCCUGCUUAGAUUUCAGAGAAUGUCAUUUUGAGGGACAUUUUUAUAACUUUUCUCUCUGUGUUUAUGUAGAAAAUUGAAAAUACUAUAAAUAAAAGCACUUUAUAUCAACAUCGA